AUGUCGGAGGUGCAAGAAGGGGCACAACUGCUCGCGGGGAAGGAUUUUCCUACCGCUAUCUUCACUGGAAUCAUUGAAAAGUCCAAGCUCAAGGGCAAAGUCCUUGGGGUUCUGAACACAACCCCAUAUGACACAUGGCUUGAAACAACAGCUAUGGAUUGGUCAAAGGAUCAUCCGGGGUCAGUUGCAAUGAAGAGCUUGAGCAUUGCUGAAUGCAAGACCAGCGGUGUUGUGGACUACUGUGAGAAGGAUUGGAAGCUCAACAAGCAUGCCAUGGGAUCAGUUCGGGCAUACGAUCCCAACCCUCCCAAGAAUGAUGCCGAAGUGGACAUUUCAAAGUUCGAGUUCAAGCAUGUUCAGUGCACUGUUCAGCCCAAUGGUACCGGAUGGUCUCGAUACAAGAUAGUGCUACCAGCCAGUGUCCGGCAGCUCUAUGCGAACGACGUUGUGUACGGCCCGGAAUGGCGUGAGCUUUUGUCCGACUUUGAUCGAAGGUUUGGCACCACGGCCUCAGAAGCUCCAAUCGCGCCACCUCCAGAGCCUGAACCAGAAUUGCCAGUGACUCUAUGGAGCGGAGAGCCCACGACAGUGGAUGAAAUCUUGAAUCAGUACUAUGUUGAGGCAAAAAUAUCAGGACGGACGGCUGGAACAACAUUUUUUGUUGUGGAUGCAAAAAGGAGGACUUCAGGUGUCCUCGAUCAAGUCUCCGAGCAUCAAACCUUGAAACUCUUCAUGGUUGCACACGCCACCGUCACCAUCCCGGACAGCGAAUUCAUUCUGGCUCAUGGAAGCAGCCGGUGGAUCCGAGGAGAAAAAUUCAUGGAAAUGAAACGGAAGGGCUUAGGCCGGGCCUGUUCGUCUUGA